UGCACAACGUCUUGGCGUAACACCUUUGAAUGAAAUCCGGAACCAGGUGGUUGUGACCGAACGUCUCACUACUGAAAGAUUCACAGCUUUUUCCUCCUAAAAGUAUUUGCAUGCCUCAAUACAGCAACACUAGCUAACAGGACAACCCAUCUUUGGAAUAAAGACACAACCAACGUUAGUUGGGCGGUGAGUUAAGGCAGUGGGACGACCUGCGGGGAGUAGUCGUGGGAUAUGCAGUGUGGUAUGUUUGAAGGGUAGUGGUCACUUCACUGGUUUGUAGGUUUGACCUUCCUUGCAGUGUAAGUUGCCUAUUUCUCGCAAAUUUUCAAUCUCUUAUUGUAUUUUAUGUUAUGGUGAAGCCAUUUGCUAUUUAUACACUAGUUGUUUCAACUAUUUUAGUAUUGUGGAAUAAAAUAAUUUGGACUAGUUUUAUGGUUUCUCGUUUCUUUUUUAGGUCUUUUGCCAGUAUAAAAUCGCUCGGUCCUUUCUGUGUGCUCACGGCAUUUGUGUUUGUUUGUAGGGCAGCUGCUCCGUGUGUCCCGUAUGUGCGGCAUAGUUUGUGCGUGGUAAGUGUCCUCCCUUUCUUGCCAUUGUAGCUGAUGCUGUCUGAGGGCUAACAUUAGUGUGGUCACAGGUAAAUGCCAGCAGUGGCCGGUCUUCUCUCUCCCUCCCUCCUCCGGUGCGAAUGAGUGAGUGUCCCUAAACAGGUAUGUGUGUUAGUAUAGUAAUCAACCGCAGUAUUUACGGUUAAAUGUAGUGACGCUAAUGGUAUGUAUUAGGUGUAACGUGCAAUCAGCUGAUUGGGGUCGCUGCUGCUUUGUCCUAUUUCAAAUGCUGCUGCUUUGCUUUGCCUAGUCUCGACGCUGCUGGUCUGAGACGGUCUCCACGUCGCUUGGCUGCGGGGCUGCUCUUCGCUCUGUUUGGCUUCAUCUGGCGGUCGCCGCGGCCUGGCGUCUGCGGCCAGAGCAGCUCUGUUAGACUCACGCCUGUGUGUUUUAACUGGGCCUGGCCUCCAUGUGUGCGUGUGUGAAUGAGUGUUGGGUUAUUUGAGUAAUUUUGUUAUUUUGGAUUGAUUACUUAUUUAAAUUUGUUUUGCUGUCUUUAGUUUACUUUCCCUUUCUUAAAGUGGGCAGUUAUUGAUAUUGGUUAAGAUUAUUUUCCCUUUUGUUUCAAUUUGUUUAUUUCUCUUUUUAGUUGCUGGAGACUGGUGGUGGCGGCGCUGGUGCCCGGGUGGUGGUAUCCCCUUCUGUCUGCUGGGUCCGGGGUAGCGGGUUUCACUUCACUGAGUGUGUGUCACGUAUGUCGGGUGUUUUUGAGUUGAUUUCUUAUUUUGGGGCUGUGGCUGUGGCUGUGGCUGUGCUGCGGUCCAGAAAUCAGAUCAUCCUCAAGUCUGGCACAGAAUGGCAGAUAAUGCUGGACAUGGAUGACCACACAUUUGCCCGGCAUUUCAGGAUCCCCAGAACACGGUUUGAGGUCCUUCAAAGGUACCUACAGGAGGGUGGCCUGCGAAGUGACCACCAUCAAGGGCGACCUCCUAUCUGACAAGUUCAACAUCUCAUGGUCAUCAGCACCACCAUACUCCAACUGCUGACCAUCAUGUCCACCCUUGGCCGGGCCUUUGUCUCUUGGCCUAUAGGCUGUGAGAAGAGGGUGUCUGCUACCAGUUUCCAACACACAUCUGGUCUUGAGGGGGCCAUUGGAGCGAUUGAUGGCUGCCACAUCAGGAUCCAGAGGCCACCGGUCAGAGGAGGGGACUACAUGAACAGGAAGUCCUACUACUCUGUCCUCCUCCAGGGGAUUGUCAAUGCUGAAGGCCGCUUCAUCAACGUCUUCACUGGAAUCCCUGGCAGAGUGCAUGAAGCCAGGCUGCUGCGGUCCUCCCCAUUUUUCCAAGAAUGGCAGGAGAUGAUGGGGGAGUACCGUCUGCUGGGGGAUAGUGCUUACAUUGGUCAGACUUUCCCCUUCAUCAUCACCCCCAGACGUGACAGCGGGGCUCUCACAAAUGCAGACCUUCUCCGCAACGACGACAUCAGCCGAGGUAGAGUCACCGUUGGGCAGGCAUUUGGGAGGAUGAAGUGCAAGUGGAGGCGCUUGAGAGACUUGCCCAACACAUGCAUCGUCACUGUGGUGAAGAUCAUUUUGGCUGCAUGUUACCUUCACAACUUGCCCAAGAUGCCUUGAUAGGAUGUGAAGAACACCCAUGUGGAUGUCCAAGAGAGGAAGAUGGCAAUGAGUAGGAAGUGUGUAAGAAGUUCCUGUGUUUUGUAAUAAAACUGUCAAACCUUA